AUGAGUGAAGAAGCACCUGCUGGAAGAGGAGGACGAGGAGGAUUCGGCCGUGGAGAUGGCGGCCGAGGACGCGGUGGACGUGGAGGCCGCGGUCGUGGACGUGGACGCGGACGUGGAGGAGGCCGUGGAGGAGAUGAGAACGUUUGGGUUCCCGUCACCAAGCUCGGACGUUUGGUCAAGGAAGGAAAGAUUGGCUCCAUUGAGGAAAUCUUUCUCUUUUCCAUCCCUGUCAAGGAAGCCGAAAUUAUCGAUUUCUUCCUUAAGGAUAAGCUAAAGGAUGAGGUCAUGAAGAUCAUGCCUGUCCAAAAGCAAUCUUCUGCUGGUCAAAGAACUCGUUUCAAGGCCUUUGUUGCUAUUGGAGACGAGAAUGGACACAUUGGUCUUGGAGUCAAGUGUUCUUCUGAGGUUGCCACCGCUAUCCGUGGAGCCAUCACUGCUGCCAAGUUGAACAUUGCCCCAGUCCGUCGCGGAUUCUGGGGACGUGCCAACGGUCUUCCACACACUGUCCCAUGCAAGGUUACUGGAAAGUGUGGUUCCGUCCGUGUUCGUCUGAUCCCUGCCCCUCGUGGUACCGGUCUUGUUUCUUCUCCCGCCGGAAAGAAGUUGUUGCACAUGGCUGGAAUUGAUGAUUGCUACUGCAGUUCUACUGGUCACACCCGUACCAUGGGUAACUUCAUCAAGGCCAUCUUUUACGCCCUUCGUGCCACCUAUGGGUACCUAUCUCCUGAAUUGUGGAAGGAGAACGCCCUUAUUGAUCACCCAUACCAAGAACACACUGACUUCCUUUCCAAGAAGCAAAUUGCCUAA